CACCCUCAAAUCCUAAUAAUAAUCUCUGUGAAUACUCAUCAUUGGCACUAUGACCUCUUUCACCUGAGCACAACACUCACUGGCUAAGUCAUCAGCAGUCAAUACGUAUCAUGAAUUUUUCUGAAACUCACUGCCUCGCUACUUUUCUAUUUCUCCUAUCUUUCUCUUCCUGCCUUUCUCUCAACACAAUUACCCCAAAUCAACCUCUCAAAGACGGAGAUCUUUUGAUCUCGACCCCAGAUAUAUUUGCACUUGGGUUUUUUAGCCCGGCCAAUUCCCGCAACCGCUACGUCGGAAUAUGGUACCACAAAGUCCCGGAACAAACCAUCGUUUGGGUAGCUAAUAGGGACAGUCCUUUAAAUGAUACCUCCGGAGUUUUGGCCACUGACAGUCAUGGAGGCCUUAUCAUCUAUAGUAAUAAAAGCAGAAGCUCACUUCUUUGGUCAGCCAAUGUUUCGGUUCCUGCAGCAAAUAACUGCAUGGCUAAACUUUUAGACGUUGGGAAUCUCGUUUUAUUUCGAAAUAACUCUGCACAGACUCUUUUGUGGCAGGGUUUUGAUCACCCAACAAACACCAUGCUCCCUUUCAUGAAACUUGGGUUGAACCGUGUCACCGGGCUGAACAGGUUCCUGACCUCUUGGAAGUCGGCAGAUGAUCCGGGAACAGGGAACAACUCGUACCGGAUCGACCCGACUGGAUAUCCACAACUGUUCUUGAACCAGGGUCCGGCUCCACGUUGGCGGGUCGGAUCUUGGACCGGCCGUGGGUGGAGCGGUGUGCCCCAAAUGACGCCGAAUUUCAUUUUCAAUGUAAGCUUCGUCAACAAUCAGUACGAGCUCUCGAUUUCUUACGGUAUUCUCAACAUGUCGAUUCUCUCCAUGAUGGCGCUUGAUGAAUCAGGAGGCGUUCACAGAUCCACGUGGCAUGAACAGAGUGGACAAUGGUAUAAGUAUUGGUCCGCGCCGACGGAGACGUGUGAUUUUUAUAAGCUCUGCGGCGUGAACGGGAUUUGCGACCCCACCAACACGGAAAGGUUCGAGUGCACGUGCCUACCUGGGUUUGAGCCCAAGUCGCCCCAGGACUGGUUCCUGAGAGACGGAUCAGGCGGCUGUGUGAGGAAGCAAGCACUGGCCCGCACGUGUGGAAACGGCGAAGGGUUCGUGAAGUUGGCACGCGUGAAGGUGCCAGACACAUCCAAAGCACGUGUGAAUAUGAGUAUGAGUUUGGAAUCGUGCGAACAAGAGUGCCUCAAGAAUUGCACGUGUGCGGCUUAUGCGAGUGCGAAUGUGAAUUUGGGUGGGAUUGGGUGCUUGACAUGGCACGGUGAUCUGGUAGACGCGAGGACUUAUCCUAAUUCGGGGCAAGAUUUUUACUUGCGAGUUGAUUCGGUUACUUUAGCCCAAUAUUCAAAGUCGAAUAGUUCUUCCAUAAGCAAGAUUGGAAAGCUGGGAAUUGUGCUGGGUUCUGUAGCAAUACUAUUUCUCUUGGCACUUGUUAUAUACUGGUGGCCAAAGAGAAAAAUGAAAGGGAAAUAUCUUCAUAGUCAAAGUCCGAGUAACUAUUUUGAUGACAUUUCCGGAAAAAAUGAUCUGGAUGAAAAUACAAAUUCAGAGUUACCAUUCUUUGAUCUACAUACCAUAGCUGCAGCCACUGAUAAUUUCUCCAUUGAUAACAAGCUGGGAGAAGGUGGCUUUGGCUCCGUUUACAAGGGUAUGUUUGAGGGAGGAAAGCAAAUAGCGGUGAAAAGACUAUCAAAGCACUCUGGUCAAGGAAGUGAAGAGUUCAAAAAUGAAAUAUUGUUGAUUGCAAAACUCCAACAUAGAAACCUUGUAAGGAUUCUAGGUUGUUGUGUUCAUGCACAAGAGAAGAUGUUAAUCUAUGAGUACUUGCCAAACAAAAGCUUGGAUUUUUUCAUUUUUGAUGAGGUGAAAAAAACAUUGUUGGAUUGGAAAAAACGCUUUGACAUAAUUUGUGGAGUCGCUCGAGGGAUGUUGUAUCUUCACCAAGAUUCAAGAUUGAGAAUCAUACAUAGAGAUUUAAAAACUGGGAAUGUUCUUUUAGAUGCUGAUUUGAAUCCCAAAAUUUCGGAUUUUGGCAUGGCUAAAAUAUUUGGAGGAGACGAAAUUGAAGCAAAUACGAAUCGAGUGGUUGGUACAUAUGGUUAUAUGUCACCAGAAUAUGCUAUGCACGGGAGAUUUUCAAUCAAGUCGGAUGUAUAUAGUUUUGGAGUUUUAAUGUUGGAGAUCAUUACCGGCAAAAAGAACACUAGUUUUUAUCAUGAAAAUCCAGAAUCGAACUUGAUCGAACAUGUUUGGGAUUUAUGGAAAGAAGGCAGAGCUUUGGAAAUAAUAGACUCAUCCAUUGAUGAAUCAUUUGGUGGUGAAGCAUUGAGAUGUAUUACAAUUGGGUUGUUGUGUGUGCAAGACAAUGCUGUGGAUCGGCCUACUAUGUCAGAAGUGGUUUUCAUGUUGGGUAACGAAACAACCCUUGCUAAUCCAAAACAACCGGCAUUUGUAUUUAAAAGAGGUUACACUAGUUCAAAUGGAGACCCAUCAACCAGUGAAGGAAUUGUCUCUGUGAACGAUGUCACAUGUACUAUAAUAGAAGCUCGUUGACGCUAAUCUUUAGGUAC